UUGAGCUUGAAAAAGUCUCAAAAAGCGGUUUCAGUUCCAGGUUCAAAGAUCUUUUUUCUACUUGUACAUGUUUUAAUCCCAUCUCUUGUUCAGCAGAGGUGUUCUCCAACAUGCUGCAUGCUCUGAAAGGCGCCAGACACCUGCAUUCAUCUGCAAUGAAACAAGCAGUUUCAGAGCUCUCUAUACCGGUCCCAUGGGGACAAAUCAAAGGGAAAGUCUGGGGUCCUGAUCACGGGCGUCCUGUGCUGUGCCUGCACGGCUGGGCUGAUAACUGUGGCACGUUCAACACCCUCAUUCCCCUCCUCCCUAACGAGUGCAGAUACGUGGCGGUGGAUCUGUCGGGUCACGGCUGGUCGUCACAUCGCAGUCCCGGGGUCUUUUACUCUUUUCCUGAGUAUGUGAUGGACGUACGUAGAGUCGUUGACGCUCUGCACUGGAGCCAGUUCUCCAUCAUAGGACACAGUAUGGGUGGUAACAUUGCUGGAAUGUUCAGUGCGCUGUAUCCUGAGAUGGUGGAUGCUGUGGUACUGCUGGACUCCUAUGGAUUCUUACCUACAGAUCUGAAAGAAAUGAUCAAAGUGAUGAGGCAGGGGAUGGAUCAGAUGGUCGAGUUUUACAAACAGACGGAAGACAAGAAGAGAGUUUACACUUAUGAAAAAGCAGUAGAGAGGCUGUCGGCUGCAAACCCGACUCUGUCCGAGCAGUCUGUGCACAUCCUUUUAGAGCGAGGUCUGGUUCAAGUUGAAGGAGGUAUGGUGUUUACCCGAGACUUUCGUAUUAAUCUGAAAAAUAUAGUACGCAUCAGUUUGGAGCAAGGUCUUGAACUGCAGUCUAGGAUAAAAGCCCCUGUUCUAGUUGUUCUAGCAGAGGAUGGCUUUGAGAAAUUACUUUCUGGACAGGAUAAGAAAAUCGCAUCCGCAAUUGUCCAGGCCUACAAGGACAGAAAACACACGGUGGUAACAGUACCAGGCGAUCAUCACGUCCACCUGAAUCAGCCUGAAGUCGUUGCUCCACUUGUGUCCGACUUCCUGCAGACCAAAUUGUUGACACAGCGAGCCAGACCAGCCGAAGAACAAACCUCAAAGAUGUAGCGAACACAAAAAAAGUUCACAUUACGCUGCUGAUAUUAACAACCUACAGUGCUGUUAACACUCACCUUGGUGCUUUAACCUGGACCCUUACAUUAUUUAAUGUCCUGACAUGUAUGCAUUUUAACAGAAAUGACACUUCUGUUACACAGAACUUUAAUUCUUAGUGACAAUUUCGAACAGUGAAAAGUAACGGAUAAAAACGUGUUUAUGCUGAUGGCGGCAUGGUGCAGUAUGAGAUACCAUCUUCUUAAGAGAACCAGAGUUAUCGUCUUUUAUAUUCCACGCAUUCUUCUCCGUUGUCAACACUGGGCGUCUACAUUACCCACAAUGCAACUCGACCACCGACAGUGCUUUUUGUGGAAUGCUAACUUUGCCAGUAGGACUAAUAGUAGUGAAUUUAGUCAAUAAUGUUGGAGGAGUCCUGUCAUGAACUGACGUGUUGGACAGGUUCAUUUUAAAGGUGCAGUGAGGAGGACCCGCUUCAUAUGAAGAUAUAAACGUGGUAACCUGGUAUUUGAUUAAAAAUAAUUUAAGUAAUUUAAGCCUCUUGGAUUCAUCUUCUAGACUACACAUGUCUGUAAAGCAAUAUUUAUAUUAUUUAUAUGUCAUAAAUCAUACAUGGACGGUAUUUCAAAGUCAUUUACACCAAAUGUACCUAAAAGAAAAAAAAGACAGUUUAAGAGGCUGACGAGCAGUCUUUCUCUUCCCCUCUCACUUUGAAAGUGUCACGUCUGUUUCACCUCUGAUGGGUGUGGUUGGAUGGGUGUGGUCAGAAGUGUGCUUCGUUGCGCGUGUUACUACACCCGGCCAUGACAGCACUGAGGUAAACCUGUGUGUCAGUGCAGCAAGGUGACGAGAUAAAAUGCUGGAGGUUAGCAAAGACGAGAUUUUCAGGGGAUGUUAAGUUUCUCUUAAAGAAGAUAAUGUUGAAGUGCGUCAUUUAAAAUACAUGUGACCCGAAAAACUCAACCCAAGGUCAACUUAUUAUUAUUAAUCAACAUUUUUAUGAAAAUGUAAAAUGUUGCCCCCCUAAUGAAUACUAGGGAGGACAAAAAACUAAAAAACACUUUUCAAUAUAAUGCAGUCCAAUGAAACACCACCUUUAAUUAUGACCUCGGUAAUAAUCUUAGAAUUGAAUUAACAGAUUUUCAACAAUGUCAACAAAAACUGUAACCUAGUGGCUUUGUAAAGAUGGAUGCUAUGGCUGAGCGGUUGUAUUGGACUGCAUCAUACAGGUAAUAAAGUUCUUAGUUACUCUUUUCUCAGCCUGGUGUCUUCCUGCUAACCUGCAGUACAGACUGCUGAGUAUCAGCAGACAGCAGAUCUAUCACCUUCUAGCUUCUGCCUUUGAGGAUUGUUUGAAAUGCACUGCGGGGGGCCAGGUGUCUUAGAAGUCUGCUGCCUGCUGUUAAUAUUUUAGCAGUUGCACAGUUUCUCUGAAGUGUGUGUGUGUGUGUGUGUGUCGUCAUGUUUAAUGUUUAAAGUCAGUGAGCUGUGGGAAGAAAGAGUACCCAAGUGCCUCGGUGAGAGCAGAGGAUGAAUCUGGAAUUGAGAAGUACAUGUUUACAGCUUGUCUUCAGUGAUGCAGCAUUUAAACCAUUUUAAAAGGGCUUUUAUUUUGGAGGAUUAUCAGGUGGAAAUCCACGAUACUGCAAUCUUGGGCAAUAUUUUAAAGAGCAAUGCACAUUUGAAUAUGUUUUUUUAAAGUGAUAAACUAAAUGAUAUACUGGUGUAAAUAUCGACAGCUCUUACUAAAAGUAUAUUCAUGGCCUUUUUUCAUGGUAGAAAAUGGCUCAAAACACUUUCUACUAUUUUAAAUCAGCCUGAAUCUUAUAAGGCCAAUUCCGACAGAAACUGUGUUCUAAAUUGCAUACUUAUAGUUUUGUCUUUAUGUACUAAAUGCAGCUGCACUUACAAAGUACGUACUGUUGCAUGCGGUUUGCAUUCAGUUGGGACCUACUGCUUCCUCAUAACAUUGCACCUUGAACUUUGACCUUUGAACUUUUUAGGGGAUGGAAUACAAUGUUGCCACUUUGAAGAAUGGAUAUAUAUCUAUAGCAAUUUUGUAGCAAUGCCACUUUUGCCAUUGAAAAAAACCUGACAUUGAAUCAUAAAGGGGUGCCAUGGUUAAGAAAAGUUUGAGUCUUUUUUCACCUGUGAAAUUUAAAUAACCCAUUUUCUUUAUUCAUCAAUAUCGAAUACUGUUAAAUAAAAUAUCACACGGAUAUUUCAUAUCAUAAAUAUCUCUCCAUUGACUUCACAGAGUGAAAGUCAUAAGGGAACAUUUGUGAAGAAAGUGCAGCAUUGAUUUGGGAAUGUUCCUACUUUGUGAACUGAUAUAAAGUCAAACCAUUUUGGAUUGAGGCUUUUAUACAGUAGCAGUGAAAAGUUUGGACACACCUUCUCAUUCAACUACUUUGAAUAAUCUAAAAUAUAAAACAUUCUGGUUUGUUGAGCAUUUGUUUGUUUACCACAUAAUUCCAUAUGUGUUCCUUCAUAGUUUGGAUGUCUUCAAUAUUAAUCUACAAUGUAGAAAAAAAUAAAAAUAAAGAAAAACCAUUGAAUGAGAAGGUGUGUCCAAACUUUUAACUGGUACUGUAUGUAUGUUGUAACAUAAUUGGGUAAAUGUAUAGUGAAUUAAUUGUAAAUUGUCUUUUAUUAGGGUAUGCAUGAAUAAAGGUGAUGUGAAAAAAUGUUUGUGAUUUUAUUGUACUGUAAAAUGCUUGGAUUUAAUAACUGUUAUUACA